AUCUUUGGUCUUCCCUCGGAUCUGGGAUGCCCCGCGUUGGUGCCUGCACUCAUUCCAACUUUUCUCGCGUUGUUGUCAUUGUAGCUCCUUUGGGCACGGUGGGUACUAUGAUGACCUGGACAAGGGUAUUUCUGGGAUGCUCUCCUCUUGAAAGGGUUCUUUCUGCUGUGCAUUACACCCUCCGGCUAUUAGUGACGACAAGAAGCCUAUCUUAGCAUCUAGUGCCAAUCUCCACUCCUAUAUAAACAGUAUCGCUCAACGCAAUGGUUCAUCACUUUGAAUUCAUCACCUGAAAGCACUCGAAUUAUGUCUCACAUCGUUAUCCGCGCCAUCCCCUUUGCGACUCAGCUGCGCGCAGCCAAAGGUGGUGCCAAGGAGCUUCUUGAGCGCGACCGCGCUCGCGCACAGAAGUUCCUGGCUGGCAAGUCCCACCAUGGCCCCUCAGCUACCGUUGGGGAAUUCAGACAACGUCACGGUCACCACCAUAAGGGUACCGCCACCGUUCCCGCCACCGCUCCCGCCACUGCUCCUUCCACUACAGUUCCUUCUGGUACAGGAGGCAGCAGCAGUGCCAGUGCCAACUCCAUCGAUGUCACUGAUUCAGGUGUCACUUACACAAUGCAAGUUGGUGUCGGAAACCCAGCGACCCAGUAUACAUUGUUGAUCGACACUGGUAGCUCGAAUACGUGGGUUGGUGCGAACACGCCAUACAAUCCCUCAAGCUCCAGUGUCGACACUGGUAACACCAUAAACGUCAGUUAUGGUUCGGGGACUAUGUCCGGAAAGCAAUACACCGAUACCGUGACCUUGGGAUCAAAGUUGGUUAUCCAGAAUCAAGGCGUUGGUGUAGCUUCAUCCGCGCAAGGGUUCCAGGAUGUCGAUGGUAUAUUGGGUGUCGGUCCCGUAGACCUUACACAAGGAACUGUGUCUAACACGUCGGAUGUGCCUACGGUUACCGACAACUUAUAUGCUCAAGGGACAAUCCCUUCUGAUUUACUCGGCGUCUUCUACGAGCCGUCCUCCACUUCUAACGUAGCGAAUGGAGAGAUCUCGUUCGGUGGGACUGAUAACACCAAGUACACUGGCUCAAUCAACUCUGUUCCGCUUACCACCACCUCUCCCGCCUCGAAGUAUUGGGGUAUCGACCAAUCGGUAUCGUACGGCACUAGCAACACAAUCUUGAACACGACUUCCGGCAUUGUCGACACUGGCACUACCCUUCUCCUCCUUGCCACUGAGGCCUUCCAGGCCUAUCAAAGCGCAACUGGUGCCACUCAAGACUCGACCACUGGUCUUCUGACUAUCACGCCACAACAAUAUAGCAAUCUCCAAAGCUUGUACUUCAAGAUCGGUGGUGUCACCUACGAGUUUACCCCUAACGCUCAGAUUUGGCCGCGUGCUCUGAACAGCACCCUCGGAGGAAGCAAUGGCCAAAUUUAUCUCAUUGUAUCUGACCUCGGUUCUUCAUUCGGGAGCGGGCUGGACUUCAUAAAUGGAUUUGGCUGGCUGCAGCGCUUUUACACCGUUUAUGACACCGGAAAGCAGCAGCUUGGUGUUGCGACUACGGCAUACACUAAUGCUGUCACCAACUGAUGACGGUUCCCCGCACGUUUUCUGACCUAGAAUUCUUUUGUUUCCAGGACUAUAUAUGUACAUUAUGCGAUUUAUACUUUCCCCGUAAAUAGUUUCAGGCGUGUACUGUUUACUGUAACUAGCAAAUAAUUUGCUGUGUAUCAAUAUCGGACACUGGAAUACAUCACAUUGCGGUUCACCC